CUGUAGCUUUAGCUCAAUAAAUGAUGUUGCUACUGGUUCAUGUUACUAAGCUAACGCUAAUCAGUGAUCUUUUUUUUGAUCAGCUUUUAGCAAAUGAGAACAUAAAUUGAGUGAUUAUAAUGUGAAUAUCACCUGUGAUUGGAAUUAUAUAUUUUAGUCUGUGACAGUAACCACAGGUUGACUGGAACGAGUUUUCAAAACAAAUAUGGAAAUGUUGGGUUUUGCUACACACGUAGUCAACGAUGGUUUGUGAAUUUAAGGGAUACAAAAAACUUAAUUGAUGAUUACACUUAUUUAAAACUCUAGGUGUCUCCAAAGUCAACUGAAAUCAUAGUGAUUAUAAAUACUCCAAUUAUUUCUCCUUAGGCUUUAACAAAACCCAGUUCUCACAUGGAUACUCACAGAAAUACCAAAGGUGGUGCACAAGCUUCUGUAGUAAAUACAGGUCGAGGCACAUGACCAGAUCCACAGACUGUCAUGAUGUCCCCUCUUGUGUUUUCCAGAACCUUCCCAAGCAUAUUCAGGGAUUCAAAGAUGGCAGGAAAAACACUCAGCAGAAACAAAUUAGCUCCCACUGCUUCAUCUGGGAUGCAGAGUGGUAAUUCUGCAUGAUUAAAGAGGUUUAUUCAUUUCUGUGUGAAUGUUCGUGGUAAUCUUGGCCAAGUUUUGUCUGGCUCAUCUCACACAAACACACACACGCGCAAGCGCGUACGUAUUUUCUCAUAACUCUGUUUCUGCUUUUGAAUGGUAUGAUCCCUCAGGCAGCAUCCAAAUGUAAAAGCAGAUAGAUCUGUCAUGUGGAAAAUACAUGUUUUUAGAAAAAAAGCCUCCUCUCCCUUUAGUAAACAAACGGAUUAUAGUCAAGCUGUGUAUUAUGAACUGAAGUAGAUGAGUGGCCAAACUCAGUCAUACAAAAGCAUUAAGAAUAAACACGUGAAAGAAUUGUUACCUCUGUAUUUGUUCAAGAUCUCAGAAAUAUGUGCAAUAGACUGUUCUUUUUUUCACCAUUGAGUUUUUAUCACAGGUUCAGAUUAUAAUCAUCUUCAUCCACGUCCAAUUUGUAGAUUAAGCAAAGAGACCAUUUUUAUCCAGAGCAAGACAUGUUAAGUUAUCUCUUGACAUUUUUUCCCUGUUUUAUACUCCUUGGAAACGCCGUGUUUGCCUGAGAAUUCCGUUGAUAAAAUAUUGCCAGUAAUCGCCAACGUUGACCUUUUUUCAUCCAUUUAUUUUCCUUGAACCCUAUUAGUGUCAGCAACACCCUUGCUCUCUACUUUAAUUUUUUUUUUUUUUUUUGGCAGGACCUCUUCAAAUUCAAAUGUCUCAGUCGCGUGGGUGGCUCGCGGAUAUGUAAAUCCAACUCCGUGCAGAUGUUUUGGCCAUUCUCCUCUGCAUAAUGCCAUGAUCCAUUCUUUCCUUAUUUAUCAAAUCCCUCCCCCCUCACCCCCGAUUUGUUGCAUCAAUUCUCCCUGGAAUGGUGUUCACGCUUCACCAUGUCUCAGAUAUCUAUUAAAAAGGAGACCCCCAAGUCCUUCUCCCCUGGGGUUGGACAAUUGCACAAUGACAUAGUCCCAUUUAGCGAUGCAUGACUGCCCAGGAAAUAUUUGCCUCCUUCAAGUUCAGCCCGACACAAUAAACGUUUGCUCAAGAAAGCUCUCUUACACCCCCGCCCUGUUUAGUGUAGACUCCUCUCCCCCGACAUCUGCUGAUUCGGGAGUCUUGAGACCUCCAUAUAAUAUAAAAUCCCUUUGUAUUAAGUCAUUUUAGAAUAAAGGGGUAUUAAUGAAUAUAACCACUUUUGGAAGAUUAUGCCAAAGUAAAACACAAAAUUUUGCUUCAUAGAAGUGAUGGUUUUUUUUGUUGCAUAACACGUCUCUUUCCCACCAUUUAUUGACCUUGCUCGGUUAUUUGCACUUUUAGACUUUGUACUUACUUCAUUGUUACAAAAUAGUUUUAACUUCUGUUUUUCUUUUUGUGUUCUUCAUCAUUGUAAAAAAAUCAUCUCUUUCUUUUGAAUGUCUCUCUUUCUUGCCUGUUGGUUCUACAGGCGAAUGAGACCCAAUUUGCAUUUUGCUACAAGUAUUAUGGCCGUGGCUACAUUACGCCAUUGAUUUAAGUUGUGCAUUCUUGCAUCUGCCCAGCAGAAUUUUAAGUUUUGAUAAGCUGGUGGUCUGUAUCCAAGGAUGCCGGGGUGGUGGUGGUGGUAAUAAUGCUUUACUAACCGGCAGAGCAGAGCAACAAAGGAGGUUGUAGCCUAUUCAAAAGGCCACGGUGCAAACCCUUCUCACAUGCCAAGCAUUCCAAUGAUCUAUGCAAAGGUUGGGCCGUCAGAGAUCCUUUCUCAUGAGGGCCACCUUAAAUACACACACACACACACACACACACACACACACACACUGACUAACAACCUGAAAUGGGCUGUUCAUCCACUGGCUUUAGUGCUGCUCUCUGGGCAUUUAUCUUGUAAGAGAGUGUGACUAAAUCGUAGGGAUUAACCACCUGUUCUGUCCUCAUACAUGGCCAUUUAUUUUUUCCCACCAUAUUUUUUUGGACAUAAUGCUCCAUCUACUGCAUGCAUUUCAGUUAACCUUUGUUCUGUAAACACUUCGCUUCUUGUUCAGAACUUGAUACCAUAUAGUACCAUAUUGGAAACCAUUGCUAUUUUUCUGUAGCUGGUUAAAACUUUAAUGCACAAAGUCCACACUGUUAAAAAAACUUUUUUUUGUUGCAUUGAUGUAUAGCCUCAAACAUUUCCUCUGCUUAUCAUCCAAGUUCAUCCCAUGUCCCACCACAAUCUCCAGACCUACUAACAUGUAUUUUCCGGGGUCUGGGGAAACCUGUUAUUGUUGAAUUAAAAGGUUCAGUGUUUUGUCGUAACAACAGUUGUGGAGCCAUCCUCGACUGUGUCUGUGGUGCUGUCACCGGGGCAGUUGCAGUCAGUUAUUGCCUCCCACAGUGAACUGCAAACAUUGGCCUGAUCCUUGUGUUUGCAAAUGAGCAGGUGCAGUAGAUGUGGGUUUAUUCAUGGUGUUUGCUGUUUAAUAAGGAGUAUUAUGGUGUGUUGGUGACUAUGCAGUACUUAAGUACACUGUGUGUGUAUAGUGAAUGCAGUAGUGUACGAUAGUGAAUUCUACAGUGCAACUCGCUUGUUUUCACCCGUUAUUGACAAGAUCGCUCUUCACAAAUAGGAGUCAAAUGCAGACUGGGUCGGACUUAUUCAAUUUCCUGAUAGUGACACGAUUCUCAAAUCUCCACAUGCAUUUGCUACGACUCAGGUUUGGACAGAAGUCGACCCUAAAACCAAUAACAUUGAAAUCUGAUUAAAAAAAAAAUCAGUACUCAUUUCAGUAGCUGGAAUGACAAACCAAACUGAGAUGGUGCUGCUGCUACAAUGUUGUGUAAAUGAAAUACGGCCUGCUGUUUAGUACUAGUACAUAAUGCGCAAUGAACUUUAACAACUUGCUUUAUUUUUCAAAAUUGCUUUGCAAUUUGUCCAUUUUAGGAUUUUGUUUCAAAGGAAUGAUAAGUGGAAUUCUCUUUCUGGGUCAAGAUUAGCAUGUUUGAGGGCGCUAAAAUGUUUUUUUGUUAAACUAUAGCCGUCGGAUGUAAAGUGGUGUUUUUACCAGGUGGGAAUUUAAGUUGCUGUCAAUGUGAGCAGCUGUUAUAAAGGUGGGACUAGGGGAAAAAGGGUAAAUGCUACAAUUGGCUGUGGUAAAAACAUCUGCAUGAACAGACCCACGAGGGUUGGUAGGAUGGUAGAUAAAAUAUGCUUGUCACUCACACAUUUUUGUUACAAUUUUUAUUAGUUGUUGAAAAAAAUACAUUUAUACAUACUAUACUUAGUGAAUACCUUUUUUCCUCUUAUUAAAUGUACAGUACACAGAGAAUCUUUGACAAGUACACUCGCUAUAUAUCUUUUAAAAGUGAUGAGCUUGGUCAUUUUGGUAUCUCAUAGGAAUUACAUGGUGCUGUUGUCAUCAGGGAGCCUCUGGGCCUCUGAGCCUUUUUUUUUUUGCCUAUAAUGGAUGGUGGGUGGAAAUUAUUUCCUCCCUGCUAUGUGCCAGUGAAACAACUAGAGGGAUAAUCUUCUUUUAACGCUCAAAGAAAUACUGCGAAAGCAAGAUGAGCAUGUUUGUCUACACAGUCAGCUAUGAAUAAUAAAUCUCAUCAAGUGUUGUAUCGUGGAAUUCACUUUAAACCUAAUGUUUUAGGAGGUUUCCUGAGUUUAACACCUAGCUAUAAUUUUAAUGGUUUGUCAUGCUGUUAAUGGAGGUGUAGGGCGGCAAACACAGUGGAGCUCUGCACUAUUUUUAGCUGGCGAGCUAUGUCAUCACUACUAGCUGCUGGUGAUUGCCUGCUGGCUCACACCUGUCUGUCUUACAAUGCGUUUUCUAAUAUAUGUCUUAUUAAACAUACAGUAGUUUCCUAAAUUAGCAGAAGAACCAAUCAGGAUGGGCAUGCUUAUCUGAUGGAAACCGGGAAAUACAAUUGCAUUUAUAGCACCACCUGCAGGGGAGAAGGGGGAUCCACAUGUCCAUAAUCUGAAUAUUCGGAAAAUACAGGACUUUUUUUUAAAAAGAAAAUAACAAUAGUUAUCCAACGUCGUUGAGUACACCACUAAAAUAAAAAUAAAAAAAUGUGCAAGUGUAGGUGAGAUGUGGACUACAUAUUACAUGUAGAGGUGGAGUGCUCCACAGUGCAGAUGGUGUUUCAGGUUUUCUUUUAAAUUCUUUUAUUUUUUUUUAAUCGGAUGGACAAGGGCGUUCCCUCCUCCACGGUCUGUGCGCUGCCUCGGCUGCUGCACACACUCUGUCCUCCGCUGACAGAGACUGCGCUGCGCACCGUGUUGAUGGUCGGACUGCACCAUUCUCCGGCUCUCCACCAGGGAGGCUGUAACUGGAUCCUGUGUGGAGGAGCCGUGGUGCAGCCUGUGAAGAGGAAGAGGGCACUGCUCUGCGCUCUGACGCUCUCUCCCCCUGCACUACUCCUCCCCCUUUCUCCUAAGUGUCACCCUCUCUCUCUCGCUCUCUCUCUCUGUCUCUCCCUUCCUUCGUCUGCUUCACUCCCUGCUCGGUGAAGCUGUUGGGCGGCUCACAGACCUUCCCGGAUCGUCGCAUCGCAUUGUUCACCCACCUUUAUUUAAGUCUGCGUGUCGCGGCGGAGCUUUCCUCGUAACCUCUACCCUACCACCUAUUUAUCCCCACAUCUCCUUGGCGUCAUGUCUUUGCCGGGUGAUCCUAGUCAACGCACACCGGUGCGGUGAGCAUGUUCUCAGCAGAUCUACCUGCGAGUCCACUGCCUCCACUCGGCCACAGUUCCACACGUCCGCACUUCAUUCGCUGUCACUGAAGAGGAAAGGAGAGGGGGGAACACACAGGAUUACAGGAUGGGGUUCUACGGCACUUUGAAGAUGAUUUUCUACAAAAUGAAAAGAAAGUUGGACCAUGGCCCUGAGGUCCGAUCUUUCCCUUCAGGGAAAAAGCCCUGCAAAGGCCCGGAUUAUCCAAGCCCAACAGGGAUUGUCCCAUGUCCAGCCACACCCACCACAUUCGGCCACAUCAGAACAGCCAAUGGUCAGGGGCAACAAAGAAGGCGCAUCACCUCAAUCCAGCCACCUACGGGUCUCCAGGAAUGGCUCCGAACAUUUCAGAGCUGGACUGGCCCAGAGAAGCUGCUGGCGCUGGAUGAGUUGAUUGACAGCUGUGAGCCCACACAAGUAAAGCAUAUGAUGCAGGUGAUAGAGCCACAAUUUCAGCGAGACUUUAUCUCCCUGCUGCCCAAAGAGCUGGCUUUGUAUGUCCUGUCAUUCCUGGAACCGAAGGACCUCCUCCAGGCAGCCCAGACAUGUCGAUACUGGCGCAUCCUGGCAGAAGACAACCUGCUGUGGAGGGAGAAAUGCAAGGAAGAGGGCAUUGAUGAGCCGCUGCCCCUCAAGAAGAGGAAAAUAGUCAAGCCUGGCUUCACGCACAGCCCCUGGAAGAGUGCCUACAUCAGGCAACACAGAAUAGACACUAACUGGAGGAGAGGGGACCUCAAAUCACCCAAGGUGCUGAAAGGUCACGACGACCAUGUAAUCACCUGCCUUCAGUUCUGUGGCAACCGUAUCGUCAGCGGCUCUGACGACAACACGCUGAAAGUCUGGUCAGCCAUCACAGGAAAGUGUCUGCGGACGUUGGUGGGCCACACAGGGGGCGUGUGGUCUUCCCAGAUGCGGGACAACAUAAUAAUCAGCGGCUCCACAGAUCGAACGCUCAAGGUCUGGAACGCAGAGACGGGAGAAUGUAUCCACACCCUCUACGGGCAUACCUCAACUGUGCGCUGCAUGCACCUACAUGAGAAAAGGGUGGUCAGUGGCUCUCGUGAUGCCACGCUGCGCGUCUGGGACAUCGAGACGGGUCAGUGUUUACACGUCCUCAUGGGCCACGUGGCCGCAGUGCGCUGCGUCCAGUACGACGGCCGGCGGGUGGUCAGCGGUGCCUACGACUUCAUGGUGAAAGUGUGGGAUCCUGAGACGGAGACCUGCCUCCACACACUGCAGGGCCACACCAACAGAGUGUAUUCAUUACAGUUUGACGGGAUACACGUAGUGAGCGGCUCAUUGGACACGUCCAUAAGGGUUUGGGACGUGGAGACGGGAAACUGCAUCCACACGUUAACAGGACAUCAGUCCCUCACCAGCGGCAUGGAGCUCAAAGACAACAUUCUGGUCUCAGGCAACGCAGACUCCACUGUUAAGAUCUGGGACAUCAAGACGGGCCAGUGUCUACAAACGCUGCAGGGUCCACACAAGCACCAGAGCGCUGUGACAUGUCUCCAGUUCAACAAGAACUUCGUCAUCACCAGCUCGGACGACGGCACGGUCAAACUGUGGGACCUGAAAACGGGCGAGUUCAUCCGUAACCUGGUGACUCUGGAGAGCGGCGGCAGUGGAGGUGUGGUGUGGCGCAUCCGAGCCUCCAACACCAAGCUGGUGUGCGCGGUGGGCAGCCGCAACGGCACGGAGGAGACCAAGCUGCUGGUGCUGGACUUUGAUGUAGACAUGAAGUGAGACGGGACGAGCUGGGGGAACGAUGAAGAGAGCGACGCGCAGAGAGGAAGAAACGAAGAUCGGGGUCGGGAGAUGAGGCGCCUUAGAAACCAGAGAGGCAGAGAGAACUCUUCACCCAAAAUGUUUAAAAAUCCACCGUCACCACCAUCACCAACAGUGGUCUGUUCUGCCCCUCCACGAUUAUCUGCCCCUUCCCUCACUUGGGUAAAUGUUACUGACAAAGCCACAGACCCUCUCAUGUGUUUAGCCCCUGUGUCACCACCGCCAGGUGAAGCUGUUAGGAACCAGGGCAGGAAAUGGGCCGUCCACGUCAUGAUUAGUCUGGAGAGAGGAGGAAGAGGAGGAGGAGGAGCGACUGAUGACUGAACUCUCCUGAAGUGACUCUCUGACCUCUGGGUCCAGAGUCGACCUCACACAGAGACUUGGAUUUCGCUUCAAGCCUGACAGAUUUUGACAUGUACAGAGAUAUAUUAUUUUUAAAGCCCCACCCACACACAGGUCCCACUCCCCCCCUCACUAGUGUACACCAUCUCUCUCAAACACACACAGACACACACACACACACACACACACACACACUCUUACACACACAUCUACAAAGCAGGAGGUGGGAAACACAGACUGUAUAGGAAAAGUCAGAGGAAGGUGGGAGAUAUUUAAAGGUGAAUUUCUACAGUUGCACGUAAAGAGCUGCUUGACGUUCAGGAGAGGAGCUGGGGAGGGUUGGUUGAUUCUCCUCACUUCAUUUCCAUUCGUGUUCUUCUCCACUUUGUCCCGUCCCGUCUUUGGUUUCCUACACAAACACAGCUGUGAAUUUCAGUACCUUUUUGGUUUUAUCAGUUCCUUUUGGGUUUCUGUUUUCUUUUUCUUCCCAUUAUUUUUCUUGUGUUGCCAACAGCAACAAAUCCCAGUAUUAAAACCUUGCCCAGUUUAGUUUUAGCUGUCGUUAUUUCACAGGUGUUUUUUUUUUUUUUUUUUUUCCUGGUCUUCUUGUUCAGAGUUUUUUGUUCUUCCUCUCUGUUUUCUUCAUACCUGGGUUUGGAGCAGCGUCUCCUGUCGGUGAUAAUGCUGUCCACAGUUUUUCAGCCUAGCUGGGUGGUUUCCUUCAAUGCCAGUGCUGUGACGAGAAGUAAAGGUUCACGGCUCAAAGUGCUGUGGAUUAACACCCCCACCCCGAAAGCCCCCGGCUCCUUCCCCCUUUACUGUUUUCCCCCAGUGGCCAAACUUUAUUAAUGCUGCUAGAUGAAAGGAAAAGAGAGAGAGAUGGAACUCUUUUACUUGCUGUGACGUUUUAGUCCCAGGAGAAAUUCCAAAUUGAACUCUAUAUGUUUGGACUUGAAACAAAACGUGAGAAAAACAUCCAACAUUUUUUUUGUUUUGUUUUUGUUUCUUUUUUUGCCACUGAAACUUGAGCCAAACGUGCCUCUGCGAGGCUGAGAGGAGGGAGGGUGUCCGACAGUUAGCGACACGACCGCCUGCAGAGAGGGAAAAGAGCAGGAUGUACACUGUUGCUGUGCGUGUGCAUGAGUGCGUGUGUAAAGCGUGUUAAUGGGCAACUUGUAAACACAUUCCUUGGGACAAAGCUCUUUCAGCCUGGUCUUUGGGGAAAUGUUCAAAUGCUGUGUGGACUGGUAGAGGAAAAGAAAACGAGCAGGAGUAUUGACUUUGAACACACGAGCGUCUGCGAUCGGUGUGUGAUCGUCGUUGCAUUCAUUGAUGUUCAGAGCAGCAGAGGAGAAGAGCAGCAGCAGCAGCGGCCCACAGUCUUAGUUUCACAUGUGCCGCCGUUAGAGAACCCACCGCGGACGCAGCUCAGCGCUUCGUCGGUGGGAAAACGACAAAACACAAAAGGCAACAAGCGUGAACUGAAGUGAACUGUAGCCAAACAAAAACCGUCUCAAUCUCCAAGAGUCACAACUCAAGCUGAACUGUGAAAGUGGUAUAACACUGUAUAUUAAAAACCAAGAAAAAAAAGAAAACAAUCUCGCUCUAUCUCCUCUCGUUGUUUUCUCCCUCUGUUUUAAUUUAUGAUCUGGUUUGAGAAAUCAGAUUUGUUGCAGGUGUUUUUAUUUUUUCAGUUCUUGUAAACUGCCUGGCAAAAGAGAAAACGGACAGAAAAAAAAAACCUUAAAGGGAUUGUGUAUUUGUUUGAUUCACUUAGAAUUUUAUUUUCUUAUAACUUAAGUGCAAUAAAAUGUGGGUUUUCUUUUUUCAUUUCAAACAUAUCAGUUGUCUGUUUUUGUUACCUGUGUGAAGGCAUCUUAUAUGUUCAAUAAAGCAAAUUAUUUGAUUAAAUACUGAUAA